AUGUCUGGUUCAUCAGAGAGUCGCAAGCGACGAUUUGAUCAUGGCGAUGCCAAAGAUAAUUCGAUAAAUUCGUAUAUUACAAAAGAAUUAUCUCCAUUUACUCUUCAAAGCCAGCAUCCACGGGCGAAAAGCUUAUCGUCUAGCGAAUUCAAUGCUGCUCUUUCAGAUUUCCCGGAGCCCAGACAAAACAAUGAGGAUAUUACAAAUUAUGUUCCUACAUCUACAGUGUAUAAGCCAUAUUCGGUCCACUUUGGCAAUGUGACCACGUUCCAAUUUCAAAAAGCAAGUGAUAUAAUCAUAAGAGUCAAAACGGUACCAUCGCCUGCUUCAGAUCCUGAUCAAAAUAAGCAAAAGGUUGAAAAAUAUGUUGAAGAAAAGACCACGAUAAUUUUAAAUUUUUUCUCGGAAAUAUUUUCUGUUCAACUCUUAUCUCAAGCAGAACAAAUUUUCCAAAGAUGCACUACUAAGUUUAUAGCGACACCGGAACAAGUCACCGAGUAUGUAACAACCAUUAGUCGGCUAGGCAAGGAUCGCCAACGGGUGCUUUGGAACGCCAUUUUAAAACAAAUAAAUAAGGGGAUUUCUGUUUGGGGGAAGACUUUACUAGAUGAGGCAGAGUCGUUAAUGAAAACUCCACAAAAACUUAAUGAAGCAGAUGGCUACGAAUUUGCCAAUCUUUUUAUGCAGCAUAUUGAAUCUAUUGAAUACGUGAUUCAACACCUAACCUAUGAGUUGCACAUGCUUAGCACGCUUUAUCUGCAGAAAUACCAAAAACAAAAGACAAUAUCUUCAAUAUGUAACGAUAUAUAUGCGGAAUAUCUCAGGUUCCCCAAGGUCAAAGAGGCCCUUGUUAUAAAUCUACGCAGAAUUAUGCUUCAUGCAUUCCUUAAGGAAUAUGGGCCUUGGGACGUUUUUUCAAGAGUUUUUGAUAAUUUGCAAGCCUUGGCACCUGAUGUAUACUUGGAGCUUACUGAAGGCAAAAUGAGCAUUAGCACCUAUGAACCUGAAGUGAUUAAUUGGAUUUUACACAACAGGAUGAAAAACUUUAAAGAGAAGAUACUUUGCAAGCGCAUAACAUUGAUGCUCAAGGAAAUUGCAGAAAACAGGUCUUUUGGAAUUAAGCAAUCUAUUGGGAAAAUGUUUCACUUGAAAACAAUACAUGCUGUGUUGGAUGAGUGGGAUAGCAAGUUACUCGAAGAUCUUGCAAGAUGUUUUGAUCCUGAUUUCAAUAAUUCUUUGACGGUUUUGAGCCAGACUUUUGAGAUUUAUGCACGAACAACAUAUUUCUCCGGGUUUUUAGAAACAAUACGUCUCACAAUUGAAGCUCGGUUGAAGGGGAUAGUAGAUAAUAUCAAGGGGAAAGAGGACCUUGUGGUGGCGUUAUCCAAACUGCGCAAGGUUCUUGACUCGUUUGUAAACCUUGAGUCGACAUAUCAUGAUGACGAAGAGCUAUCUUCUCGCGCAAAAGACAUGCGAAUGGCAAUUAAUUCAGCAUGGAAGAAUGUGGUUAAUUCGUCAGAUACUGAUGACUACAUUGUAGAAAGUCUUGCGUUUUAUGUGGACAAGGCACUACGUGAUAAGAAUUGGAGUGAGAGUGAUUUGCGGGAAAGACUUACGAUUACCAAAAGCAUAUUUCGACACCUGGACAAUAGCAAGGAGCUAUUUUGCAAGUAUUACCAGCGUGACUUAUCGCGACGAUUGCUACAAAGUCGCUCGUAUCACAAAAAUGAGGAGCAACAGAUGGUUGAAAUGCUUAAUAAGGAGGUAGGGAAGAAGGAGACUGAGCAUUUGGAAAAGAUGCUGAGUGACAUUGUUCAAUCGCAAGCGCUGACUGAACAGUUUGCAGAGCUCAAUUUGAAGGAUGACGAGACACCAAUCCCAAUUACAUUUGAAGCCAAGGUACUUACUGAAUCACACUGGCCGAUGAUCCACGAGACUGUAAUUAAUUUACCGCCACAGAUGCAGAAGCUGCAGGAUAAGUUUGAAAAGUUUUACUUGGGUCAGCACAAAUUCCGACGGAUACGCUGGAUUCCAGCCCGUAGCAUGUGUCUCAUCCGGGCCCAGUUUGAUGUGGGUGUCAAGGAGUUGAACGUGAACUUGUACCAGGCGGUAGUGUUGCUGCAGCUAAAUGACAAUGGAGAAGGUAGGGCAGAGCAGCGUCCAAAGUUGACGUAUGCCGAACUGCAGAAACAAACAGGGCUAAGGCCUGAGGAGUUGAACCCAGCGCUGUUGUCAUUGUCACAUGGCAAGGUUCCAGUGCUGCUGCACGAGCAAGAGAAAUCUGGAGAAGGUAUUACGGACACUUUCAAGCUGAGUACUGGAGACGUGUUUAGCGUGAAUGUGGGGCUCAAAGAUAAGACGGUGCGACUAAACUUGUAUUCAUACAAUUCAAAGCAGUGGCUAAGUCGUGGGGGGAAUAGCACUGAGGCAGCAUCUGAGCGUGCGCAGUUCAAAAAUGAGAUUCGGUUGGAUCGUAAUCUCGGAGUGCAGGCUGCGGUGGUUCGUGUGCUCAAAGCUCAAAAGAUAAUGUCACAUGCUGACUUGUUUGUAAGUGUGACACAGCAAACAGUCAAGCAUGGGGCCGUGACAAACGAGCAGUUUAAACGGGCGAUAGAAGAUCUUAUUAACAAUAACUUUGUGGAACGAGAUCAGAAUGAUCCAGAUGUUUAUCAAUAUAUAUCAUAA